AUGAAUGUGAAAAAGUCUGAUACAAGCGUUCCGGAUUGUCAACCGUGUCGUCUUGUUGGUACCGGAUUGUUUCUUUUUGUUGCUACCUAUAUAUGGUACCAUACACGAAAUGGUAUUUAUAAUAAUGGUUUCAUUUAUAAAAAGUUACCAUUACGUCUUAUUGCUAUUGGAUCACUGUAUAUGUCAUUUGCGCGCUUCAUUUAUCUUCCGCCAUUCAAACAUCUUGCGCCCGAGAAGUGA